CAGAGAUUUCGGCUCUCUCGCCCAUCAUCUCGCUCGUCAUUCAUAUUUGAGGGCCUGUCGGUAGUUCUGUUCCGAUGGGCCCUACAAUCCCUUCUCUACCCUGAAUCCCCUCUGCCUCAUCCUCUCCCUCCUCUUCCUUCAUCCUCCUAACUACUUGUACCCGACUUUGCUGCUGCCUAUAUCCGACCCCUCCUCCAAUCCAUCAUGCAACUCCGCUAUCUGCUGGCGCUCAGCGCCCUAUCAUCCGCCGCUCUUGCGCACGCGGAACCCGCGGCUGGAAUUUUUUCGCUGUCACCGCAAACCGAAGCGCCGGUCGCUCAACCAACAUCCAUCGUUGAUCAAUACCUCAAGCCCAAGCGGUAUAACCGGUCUUUGAACUUCCAAAAGAGGGCGACCACCACCGAUGAUACCACCACGACGGAUGCAGCCACCACCACUGCGGACUCCACUACAUCCGAGUCGACCAGCACUACCGAAGCCACCACCACCUCCGAUACCUCCACGACCAGUGCGACGACUACCGCAACUACUGCCACGAGCACCAGCUCUAGCAGCAGUACCACUUCUUCCUCAUCCUCUCAAUCCACCACCAGCGCCACCUCCACCACUCAAAGUACCACGACCACCUCGACGACCACUAGCACCACCACCUCCGCCACGAGCACCGUCUCCGCCGCGCAAAAGGAGCGCGACCACCGCGGAGAGAUCGCCGCCAUCGUGACCUUCAGUAUCCUCAUUAUUAUCUUCCUCGCCCUCACCUUCUUCCUCUGCUUCCGCGAAAAGGCCAAGACCAACCGUCUGGCCAAGAAGGCCGACGCAGGAGCCGACUAUUCCAUGGUGCCGCUGGCCGAUGGCCGGCCCCAGAGCGAGGCCAAGUUUGACCGCGCCUCUAUGAUGUUCGCCUCCAACUCGCAACUCAAUCUGGAUCAGAUGGCGAGGAGGCCUACCUCCAUGGCGGCUAGUGAGACUCUGAGUGUGCCGAUGAACCGGACGGCACCGGGGACGCCUUCGGAUGAGCAUCGGGCGAAUAUGGUUUGAUUUGGAGAAUAGUUUAGGGUGUAUGAGUUUGGUCUGAUAACCAGGACAAUGUUCGACAUGAUUGCAGCAUGACAUUACCGAUCGGAGUCGUCAUCGUGAGGAUGAUAGAUUUACUCCUUGGUAUCUUGUUUGUUUUUCUUCUUUGUGUAUAUUGGAUGUUUUGUUCUUCAGCGAUUUGAGCCUUCUGUAUGAUCGUUUGUGGAGCUUUGUGAUAUCAGAUGCAUAUGCAUAGCGUUGUGGAGAUCCGUCCAUUGCAGACUGUCAGUAAUUUG